ACUAAAAUCUUACCGGUAGAGAGCGCAACGUGUCCAACUGUAAGUGACCUAACCUAUGACAGAUUACUGGUGACGUUUGACGUGCUAACAGGUGUUAUUGUAAGCAACACACGAUGAACGGAACACUUUUCUUACUACUUCUUACCUGCCUAAUUACAUUGGACUACGUGAAUGCAUAUAUUGAACAAAAUGAAGAUUCACGAGAACAAUCAGGAUUUAAUCUCCUUAAACUGCUUCGAACAUAUGGCGAACGAGGAAGAGGAAGUAGUCGUAGGAAUAUUGACAAUGAUUUGGAAACAUGGACUGGUAGAUGGAUGCCGGAUAGAAUUGGUGAUCCUACACCACCACCAAAAAUAUUACCUAAGAAUGAAUAUUCUCAUGAUGAUUAUUCACAGAAUUUUAUAAAUUCAAUACAUAUGGGUAUAAUAUCUACACAAUGCGAUGAUGCUAAGACAAAUUUAACGAUUGAUUGGAAUGGAUCACCGGUAAAUCAUACUUGUUACAACAGACGUAUUAUACCUAACACCAAAAUCAUUCCUAUAUUGUACUGUGAAAAUGUACCAACAGCAUAUGUGGCUGCUCAUAAAUGUAUGAACGAGAAGAUAGAAUAUGACGAUGAUUUACCAAUUUAUGGAACGCAUAGACCAUUAUGGCCUGUUUAUGGUGAAUAUAAAUUUUUACCAAAACAAAGAUGGCUUCAUAGUAUGGAGCAUGGAGCUGUUGUUAUGUUAUAUCAUCCAUGUGCUAAUCCAUUAGAAGUGAAACGUUUGAAAACUUUAGUUAAAAGUUGUCUUUGGCGACAUAUUAUAACACCGUACAAUCUUUUGGACACAAAUAGACCUCUAGUAUUAUUAACAUGGGGUUGUAGAUUGACAAUGUCGUAUGUCAAUCCUACAAUAGUAAGACACUUUAUUCGUGAAAAAGCUCUACAUGGUCCAGAACAAUUAUCGGAUGAUGGACAAUUUCAAGAUCAACUUGUUUCUAAAGCAAAGGUUGUUUAUGAUAAUGAUGAUACCAUGAUUUGCCCCUAAUUAAAUGAUGGACACGUACAAUAAUCAAUUAUUAUUAUUAUUAUUUUGGUAUUUUUUUUUUUUUUUUAUGAGAUUACAAUAUUUUCAUUUUGU